GCAGCAUAUUCAAAAGAGUCGUCCCUAAUCUCAAAAGAUAACAUUUGAAAAUUAUUGGUUAUCUUUUAGAAAAUUCCUUUCUUGUUUCUUCUUCCUUUGACCGGUAAACGGUGAGUUGAGAGACACGGCCGAAGCGAGUUUUUUGGGAUCCUUGGAUAAGGAUAUUGGUAGCCGCGUUUUUUCUGGUGAUGGGAGAUGAUAAAUCGGCGGCGAUGACGGCGAGUAGAGAUCGUGAGCUUCUAAUUCCGGUGGCUGAAUCCGUACACGAUGAUUCCUCCAAAGCUUCUUCUUCUUCGUCUUCUGCUUCUUCGCAUCAUGCCGGGCGUGAGACCUUUUACAAAAUUGUCCAGAGCUGGGCUUCAAAGAAGUUCAUGACAGGAUGCGUCAUUUUGUUUCCUAUAGCAAUCACUUUCUACAUAACAUGGUGGUUUAUUCACUUUGUGGAUGGCUUUUUCUCUCCAAUUUAUGCGCAACUCGGAAUUGAUAUAUUUGGUCUCGGCUUUGUAACUUCUAUUACAUUCAUCUUCUUGGUUGGCGUAUUCAUGUCAUCUUGGUUGGGAGCAUCUGUCCUGGGCCUUGGUGAGUGGUUUAUCAAGCGGAUGCCAUUUGUUCGUCACAUCUACAAUGCAUCCAAGCAGAUCAGUUCUGCUAUAUCACCAGAUCAGAACACACAAGCCUUCAAGGAAGUAGCCAUUAUAAGGCACCCACGUAUCGGUGAAUAUGCAUUUGCCUUCAUCACUUCAUCUGUUACUCUGCAGAGUGACGCUGGUGAAGAAGAGCUAUGCUGUGUGUUUGUUCCCACGAAUCAUCUUUACCUUGGUGAUAUAUUCCUCAUCAACACCAAGGAUGUUAUCAGACUGAAUCUGUCAGUCCGUGAAGGAAUUGAAAUUGUUAUAUCUGGGGGAAUGUCAAUGCCUCAGAUCCUAUCAACACUAGAUACUCAGUUGGAAAGAAGCAGACCUGAGAGAAGCUGAGAUAUAAGGUAACAGUUGUAGAGUUGUCGUUGUUUAUUUGAUUCACUUUUUUAGUUUUGGACUUCAGUCAUCGGACCGACCAUGCAAUCAAUAUGUCUCAAUAAUGCAGGAUUCGGAAUUAGAUUAUAAAAAUUUGUGAUGGUAGUGUCUGGUUCUGGUGGCAUCUGUAAUUUAGCUUGCUUGCAUAGAAAUGUAAAAACCGUUUGCUUUCAAAGUGUAAGAUUUGUUGAUAAUUGCGGGGUUCAUCUUUCCCCCCAAAUGUUGUUACUUGAGCAUAGAAUGUAAAAACUGUUUGUUUUUUCAAGUGUAGAUUUGGAGCCCUGGUUUACGUAGGGUUGAGUUUGGAUUUUUCAAA